AUGAGGAGGCUGCUUUUUCACAUUCUCUGCGUCUCUCAAGUCCUGCUCUGUACUGCUGACUCUCCUCAACUGAGCGAGGACACGCUGAAAGAGCUGUCUGCAGCAGGGGAGCAUUUUGUCGAUGAGGAAAUAAAGCGAGCGGUGCUCGGGGUGAAGCAGGUGAAAGAGCUGAUGGAGGAAAAAGAGGAGAAGCAUCUACAUUUUAUGGACGCCCUGAGACAAAGUAGUGACAAGAGGAAGGGGGCGAUGCAGCUGGCCCUGGAAACAGAGCAGAGACUGGAAGAGGCUGAGAGACAAUGCCAGGAUAUAACCAAAUCUUCCUUUGAGGAAUGUCAGCCUUGUCUUGAAGACACUUGUAAGGACUUAUAUACCUCUACGUGUCGCCGGGGCUUCACCUCUUUCUCCCUUAAGGUGGAGGAGUUUUUCAAGACACUUGCUGCACAGCUGGAAGAUACUGAUCAUUUUUACUUUCAAACCGAGGAAAAUGUAGGUCACACUAACUUGGCGGAGAACCCUCAGGUCACAGAAGAUGACGCAGAUCUUCAGCAGGUGGACGCAUCGUUUGGCCAGCUGCUUUCUAAGACUGGCCUUCUGUUCAACCAGAGCCUCACUCUGGUCAAGAAGAUGCAGCAGGUGUUCGGACAAUCCUUUCUGUUGGCGUUCACGGCUGAUCUCCAGCCAAGCCCCCUGUCUGCCAUGCAUGCCGGCUCAAGUCCUGGCUUCUUCAGGACUCUGGGUCUGGGUCAAAUCGUUGAUUCAGUGUAUGACUUUGGGAGGAAUGUAAUGGGGGAGAUCAGCUCCUCUGUAUCCGAUGUACUUGAAGAUGAGAACUCUCAGCAACCCAACAGAGAUACAGGAUCACUUCCUGCUGUGGGCCACUUACAGAGCAGGAACCUGUGCAGACGCCUCCGCAGACAAGCGUCAGAGUGCCUGCAGCUGCGAAGUUGGUGCAAGACGUGUAAGGAAUAUCUGUUAAAAGAGUGUCCCAUCGUCCAGCAGCUGCACUCUGACAUGGAGGAGAUGCACUUACUUCUGAACGCCUCCCAUGAGCAGUACGACGACCGGCUGCUGCUGGUCCGCAGACACACUACAGACACGCAGAGAUGGCUCAGCAGCAUGGAGGACAAGUACCGCUGGAUCAGCCGCCUGUCCAACAGCACAGAGGAACCACACAACACCUUCAGUGUCAUCACAGUUCAUCAACAGCAACAGAUGAAGACAAUCAGACCGAAAGCAGACAGCAGUGUGGUUGUGACCAUACUGGGUUCUGGCCCAAUGACUGUCUCAGUCCCUGCAGAGCUGGAGGUGGAUGACCCUGCUUUUAUCCAGUAUGCAGCUCAGGAGGCUCUGACCCUCCAUAAACGCCAGAUAAAAGGAAUGGAGUAACAUGGACAUCCAAGCAUUCAUACAAUACCAUCAAAUACUCAGUUAAAGGACAUUCAAAACUUUGAAUUGAUGACAUACCUCCUAAACUUUUAAAUGCAGAA